AUGACGUAUAAAUCGCGCUGGACAAUCAACAUCCCAGACAUCCAUUUAGCCUCUCUUCUCCUCAAGUCCCCCACAGCACCUCUCUCCAAAACACACAAGUGCUAUCUCGAAGCAGCGCGCCCAGAAACCCACUACCUCACCAGCCAUGAUCUCCGCCUCUGGAGCCAGCGGCUCGCCGCCGGCCUACGCAAAUCCGGACUUCAGCCAGGAGACCGCGUCCUCCUCUUCUCAGGCAACGACCUCUUCUUCCCCGUAGUUUUCCUGGGCGUGAUAAUGGCGGGAGGAAUCUUCACCGGCGCGAAUCCAACCUACGUAGCCCGCGAACUAGCCUACCAACUCCAGGACAGCGGCGCCACAUACCUAAUCUGCGCGAGCAGCAGUCUAGAAACCGGCCUAGAAGCCGCGAAGCAAGCCAAUCUACCGCAUGACCGCAUCUUCGCCUACGACAACUCCAUCUACGACGGCGUCACAAACCCGCAAAAGGGCUGCGCAUACUGGAGCAACCUCCUCGCCUCGCCAGAAGAAGGCCGCGCCUUCAUCUGGGACGAGCUAAACACACCAACUCUUUCGUCGCGCACACUAGCACUCAACUACUCCAGCGGCACAACGGGCCGGCCCAAAGGCGUCGAGAUCUCGCACAAGAACUACGUCGCCAAUAUGCUCCAGUACUGUCACACGGCAAGCCUGAACCCGGACUACAAGGCGCGUCUUGAGCGCGCCCGAUGGCUGUGCUUCCUACCUAUGUACCACGCGAUGGCGCAGAAUAUAUUCAUUGCGGCGGCGCUGUACCGUGCCACGCCGGUGUAUAUCAUGUCCAAGUUUGACUUUGUCAAGAUGUUGGAGUAUACGGAGAAAUUCCGGAUUACGGAUUUUAUUCUCGUGCCGCCGGUUGUUGUUGCGUUGGCGAAGCAUCCUGCUGUGAAGCAGUAUGAUUUGAGUAGUGUGGAGUUGGUUGGGAGUGGUGCUGCACCGUUGGGGAGGGAGGUUUGUGAGGAGGUUGAGAAGUUGUGGCCUCCCGGGAAGAUUAAUAUUAAACAGGGCUGGGGGAUGACUGAGGCGACUUGCUCAGUCACGGGAUGGAAUCCUACUGAAAUCAGUACUUCUGCAUCUGUCGGUGAGCUCAAUGCCAAUUGUGAGGCGAAGAUCAUGUCACUUGAUGGAUCAGAGGUGAAAGAACGAAACUCUCGUGGUGAGUUGUGGGUUCGCGCUCCUAAUGUCAUGAAAGGCUACUGGCGCAACGAGAAGGCCACUAAAGAGACCAAAACUGAGGAUGGCUGGCUCAAGACGGGGGAUAUUGCGUUUGUGGAUGAUCAUGGCAAAUUCCAUGUUGUGGACCGAAUGAAGGAAUUAAUCAAAGUCAAAGGCAACCAGGUGGCCCCUGCGGAAUUGGAGGCUCUUCUACUUGAACAUCCAGCGAUAUCAGAUGUCGCAGUGAUCGGAGUUGUCAUCAAUAACGAUGAGCGUCCUCGCGCAUAUGUGGUGCUCAGACCGGGCCAAUCCGCCACCGCCAACGAGAUCGCGCAUUUCUUGGACAACAAGGUCUCCGCGUUCAAGCGGAUUACCGGCGGAGUUGUAUUCCUCGAUGCGAUACCGAAGAAUCCAUCGGGCAAGAUUCUUCGCAUGAAAUUGCGCGAGCAGUCCAAGGAGGAGCUGAAGAGUGUCACCGCUAAACUUUAG